GGGCAGCACUCUUCGCCAAGAUGGCUGCACGAUCGCGGCAGCGCGCAGUAGUGGCGUCCUGGUGAAAUGACGCACGCCGCGGUUUACGUUCACUCCUCCACGCUCGGAGCUCUCUCUCCAUAACGCAGAUCCCGCCCGACACACAGCCGGAAGACGGACCGGCUGUCCUCCCCUCCAGUGGACCGAGCGGAACCGGUUCAUCUGAGUGAGAGUGCGAUGAGGAGAGGCUUCAGAGUGUGAGGCCAUGGGCUGCACCUCGGCCAAGCAGGUGUCGGCCGUGCCCAACGAUGAGGAGGGACGCGGCAAGGCCUACAGCAAUGGAGACCUCUUCACAGAUGAAUACAAGAUGAAAGGAGUGGAGGAGGUGAAGUACAUGAGGGGAGAGGAAAACCGAGUGAAUGCACGCAACCAGGAGAACCUGGAGAAGAGUAAUGUACAGUACAGGGGCAAGCAGCAGAAGGAGCUCACUGGAGCAAACAUCAAGUCGAAUAUUCACACGUCAGAGAGCCAGCAGGAAUUCUUCAGGAUGCUGGAUGAGAAGAUUGAGAAGGGGCAAGACUACUGUUCGGAGGAGGAGGAGGAGGAAGAUGGGACAUAGCACAGAGGCCCCCAGAAUUCACCCCCACAGAGAGCCACACUGUGUGUAUGUGAGUGAGAGAGAGCGUGUGUGUGUAUAAAUGCAUAUGUGUGUCCAUGAGAGUAAGAGAGAUUUGAAUCCGUGUUUUACCAGUAGGAUUGAUUGUGUGAUGGUUUGAAGAUAUGGCAAAGAUAGUAUUUUAAGUGGGGGAUACGUGAAAGAAUGAAAGAAAGAGAGAGAGAAUGGGAUGAAGAGAGCUUUCUUCAGAGACUUCAACCCUCCUCUCUUAGCACCUUGUCACUGCAGGCCCCUGAGUGGACAGAUGGAGGUGGCAGUGUGAUGAGGGGACAGACAGAGGAAAGGAGGGAGAGAUGGAGGAGGAUGUGAUGACGGAUGGUCACACAUGGUCCUGAACAGAGAGGACAAACUGACUUAUUUCCUCCAGUAGGACAACAGCUCCUCGGCCCUACUUCUGUCCCUCUGUGUCUGUCCUUCUUGAUCCUGAAUAUUGAGCCCCUGCAUUUGGACAAAGGAACUCACAAAUAUGGAGACCAAGUGAGGACAAGUUGACUUGGUGUGAAGUACUGAGAGACACACAAGAGGAGAAGAUGCUGAAGGGGCUACGUAAAUUCACCAGGAUCCUCACUGGACUUUUCCGGGCCUGCCGACCUACAGCCAGGCCGGCCACCAGGGACCGAGAGCAGGAGGGAGGGAGGGUGAAGGAAGGUGGAGAAGAAAAAGGGGUAAAUUUUGGAUAUUUUAAUAAAAGAGAGUAGGGAGAAAGCUGGUGAUUUAGAAACUCUAUACUCCUCCUGCCUUCUGAAGUCAAGGACCUUUUUUUAAUUUUUUAUUCUGUGCCACAGCAACUCAUUCAGUUAUUUUUCCCGUAUUUUUUUUUUGUUGUCUUUUGGCUUCCUUCGUAGUGUAUCGUCAUCAACUUCAAUAUCUUCCUCACCACCACAGCAGGCAGACUGAGGCUGCAUCAUUCAGAGAAUCCGUCUCAACCCAAUCCGCCCUCAUUUGUUAAACCAUUACACAGCAGAUCUUAACUGACGUGCACACACACCAUGGAGUCUUUUUUUUUUUACGUUUGUUAACACUCUCUCCGUCACAACCACACAAAUACACACACACAGUGUUGUAUCCCUUUCAUUUCACCAGAAGACAGUCGUGUGCAUCGAUUAGAGGUAUUCUUAAAAACUCUAUAUCUGCUUCAUUUCAGUGUUCACACACACACACACAUACACACUUAGGCCCUGAUGCAGCGAACCGGGUGAGCUCUAGGUGAGGAUGCGUGGUUGCCAUGGAGACACAGACCCGAUCACGUUUUUUUAUUUUUAUUGAUGUAUCAUCAUCAUGGAUACUUCCUGUUGUAUUAUUUUGAAUACUUUUUUUCUAUUAAAAAUAAAAACAGAAGCUCUUAA